AUCGUCAGUAUUUAGCAGUUCAACGAUUGAAAUCGGGAAAUUAUUGAGAUUUUGUAGACCCGUAUUUGAAUGCUUCAGAAUUUUUAACGACUCUCAGGAAAGAUUUUAGCAUAUCUAAACACGAACUACGAUCGCGUGUUUGUAAGAACGAAAGAGAUCUUGACGAAAGUUUGCGAAAUAUGACCGAAUAUUUCAUUCAUGAUAUUGAAAGAAUGUCGAUGCGUGACUUGACGCUUCAUUCACUUGUGAACCAAUUUUAUUUUUUUCUUCAGACCGCAGAAUUGCAAGACCGUAGAAUUGCAAGUGGAAUUGAGACCUUUUUAAAUUUCAGAAAGUACGGUCUGCCGAUUUUUAUUAUUCUGGGUCUUUUAGGAAACUGUUUAUCUGCUAUUGUACUCUUCCGUAAAAAGAUGCGUUCUUUCUCGUCCAACAUCUACUUGGGCGUGAUAACAAUAAGCGACAUUGUUUAUUCGACAACAUUACUCAUUAGAUGGCUUGAAUUAAUGGAUAUAAAACCAAACAAAAAUUAUUUGUUUUGGUUUAAGACCUUUAUAGUUUUUCUGAACUACAUUUCCGAGUUCCUGAGUGUGUGGCUUAUAGUAGCCUUUACCAUCGAGCGAUAUAUAGUGACGAAGUAUCCGCUCCUACGUCGAUCCUGGUGCACUGUCAAACGAGCAAAAAUCGUAGUAAUCACGCUGAUGGGAAUAGCGAUUUUGCGCAGCAUUCUAUAUAUUCUUUUUCAUAUCAUGAUGAAUAAAAUAAUAGAAGAAAAAAGGAAAACAAAUAUGUUUCAUGCGUUCGAAUUUAUAAGAUUUCACCAUCAGAAAGGAAUUAUACGGAUUAAAAAUAUUAUAGAUUCUAUUAUAAUAUUUACUCUACCUGCUCUCGUAAUAGUAAUCUGCAAUACUCUAAUAGGAUACCACAUUUACCAGCAAAAUCGUGUUCGUAAAACCAUGAUUACAGCGUCCGAUUCUUCUAAUGAGAGGAUUAAGAUUUCUAAUGAUAAAAUGCUUCAGCGUAAGAUUACAAAGAUGCUUAUUCUUGUUUCGAGCACAUUUGUUAUCUUGAAAUUACCUGAAUAUUUCUUUUUCUACAUUUUUAAUAACUUAAUGAAAUAUGUCAAUGUGCUUGUUAUGAUGCUAACAUUCCAGUUGUUAGACAUGGCACAUUGCAGUAUAAAUUUUGUUCUCUACUGCGCAACGGGACAAAUUUUUCGUAGAGAACUCAUCCACUUAUUUACGAAACGUACAAAUAUAAAAAAUUAACAGAAAUAUCAUGGAGAGGGACAAUUAUGAGUAACAAAAUGAUUAAUAUCGAAUUAUGCAGUUAUAAUAAGCUUACAAGUUUACAUUCAAUCGCACUUCAAACAAAACCAUGUAUUUACUAACAACGCACAACUGAAAGCUUUUCAAAAGAAGGUAGAACUCCUGAUAUACAUAUACAUACGAGUGAUUAUAAUAUAGUCACACAUUAUAACUACACAAAAAUAUAAUUAACUGCAAAUAGUUAAAUAAGAUAGUUAAUCUUAUUAUUGUAUUAAAAGUGUUAAGAGUAAGUCAAAAAUAACAAUUUAAAAAAUCUAUAAUACACAUAUAUACAUGUAUGUAAUAUGUACAAUGCUUUAGCGCAUCAUAAAAAAACGACAGUUUUAUCAAUUCUAUUAACGAAUGUUGACUUAUAUACCUUGGAAAAAAAUGUUGAUUUAUUUAUUUAAAAUAGGAAAAUUAUCACACCAUAAAUUGUAAUGCAAAAACAAUUUGUGAGCAUCAGAGUUCCGUAAAUGACAUCUAUUCAUUACAAGAAUAUUUUCUAAAAAGAAAAAAACGUAUUAGAAACAAAUUGCGUAUUAUUUAUAUGUUAUUAUAUCACAAAUAUCUUUACUAUAGAAUUAGUGUAUUUAUG